UUCCCUGGCAGUUUGACCACUUUUUUCGGAUGACCCGCCCAAGCCAUGCCCAAAACGGUUCCUGUGCGCUUCGUGAUCAUCGGUAGCGGUGGAUCCAGCAGCCUUCCCAACCUCAGGCACGUACUUCAAAAGGACGCUGGCUGCAAGGUGUGCCAUGAGGCCUGGGAGAAUCCUGACUCCAAGAAUCGUCGUGGCAAUCCCUGUUUGCUGGUGACGGUACGAGACCCUGCCUCCGAGCCACAGCAUCUUCUGGUGGAUUGUGGCAAGACAUUCGAAGAGGCAGUUCGGCGACACUUUCCCAGGCUGGGGAUUCAAGGCGUCAACGCUGUCCUGCUGACACACGGCCAUGCCGAUGCCAUCCUGGGUCUGGACUCCUUGCGCGAGGUACAGUUGGCCCGUGAACCUCCUAGCCAGUGGGUCUUGAAAGCGAAGACUCCCAUCUUUGCCAGCAGAGACACAGUCAAAGAGGUCUGGAGCCACUUCCACUACAUGUUGCCGGUGGGCUCUGGCUCGCCCUCUCUGCGACGGAGGACCUCCACUUCUCGGAUCGCCACUGGACUGGCGCCCCAUCGAGUGGCAGACUUUCAGAAGUUUCAGCCACUGUCAGGAUUGCAAGUGCAACCUUUGCCGGUGCUACACGGUGGAACCUAUGUCUGCAUGGGUUUUCGUUUUGGCGCCAAGGGCGAGUUCAUUUAUUUGUCCGAUGUCAGCAAAGUUCCUGACGAUACCAUGGCAAUAUUGAAAUCUACUCAGGCGGAGGUCCUAGUGGUGGAUGCCUUGCUGAAAUCAGGUCCCCACUACUCACAUUUUGGACUCCCGCAAGCGCUCGAAUUGGUUCGUUUACUUCGACCAAAGCGAGCGUUGCUCAUUGGCAUGUCCUGCCAAUUUGAUCAUUUUCAUGACAACCAAGAGCUCUUCAAACUCCGAUCUGAAGGGCUGCAUGUGGAAUUAAGUUAUGACGGUUUAGAGCUUGAGAUGAACCUGACACUGGAUGAUGAUGUGCCACUGUUGGAGGAGGAGACCUAUGAAUUGCAGCUCCCACCUCCACCUCCGAGUCGUCUUAGUCGUCUUCGAGUGCUUGGGCGAUGCCUUUGCUGCUCAUGAUGACAUGUGGCAAGAUGCGUCGCUGCCACAUCAUGCUGCCACAUCAUAGGUCACGUUCGAUUUUGAAAAGGCUUUGCAAAUUGUAAAGGGUUGAAAUUACGGCACAUCAUCCUGAAAUGAGGGGAGUUGCCGAAUUUUUCUUUGCCUGCUUCUUAAAA